AAGAGCUUUCAAGAAGCUUGUAGCUCUACUUGCUUGGUCACAGUCUCACAGAGAAGCAGAUCAGAGAGAUCACCUAGAGAUAGCAAUAAAGUGUUAGAGAGGCAUGGGAGUGGUGGACGAGGCAGAGCCAAUGGAGAAGACGAUGAUAAGAGUGAGGGAGUUUGACGUGACGAGGGACCUCCGGGCAGUGGAGGAGCUCGAGCGCCUGUGCCAGGUCGGCCUCUCCGGCGACCAAGGCUCUGAUGACCCCGCCGCCGACGACCAUGACGGCGGCGCGGAGAAGAAGAAGAGGAGGAGCGGCAAGACGAAGAAGAAGAAGAAGAGAGGCAUGUCGCUCUACGUCGAGCAGAUCGGCGACCCGUUUGCCCGGGUGCGCCAUGCGCCGGACCACGUCAUGCUGGUUGCUGAGUACGGGGAGGAAGACGAGGUGGUCGGAGUGAUCAAGGCGUGCACCAGGAUGGUGAGCCGCGGCAAGAAGAAGAAGCAAAGCUUGAACAGCUCGAAGCAGCCGCAGUUCGUCAAGGUGGCAUGCCUCCUUGGACUCAGGGUGUCCCCCUCUCACAGGCGCCUCGGGGUCGCGACGGAGCUGGUCCGGCGCGCCGAGUCGUGGUGCGCGGCGCGCGGCGCGGCGUACGCCACCAUGGCCACCACCGCGUCGAACGCGGCGUCGCUCGCGCUCUUCGCCGGCCGCUUCGCCUACGCGCCGUUCCGGCGGCCGGUGCUCCUCGGCCACCCCGUGCACCGGCACCGGGCGCGCGUCCCGCGCGAGCACCGCGUCGUGCGCCUGCCCCCGCCGCUCGCCGCGGCCGCCUACGCCGCGCUGCUCCCGCCCUCCGCCGCCGAGUUCCUCCCCGCCGACCUCCCCGCGCUGCUCCACCACAAGCUCACGCUCGGCACCUACCUCACCGUCGAGCGCGGCGGGCCCGAGGACCCCGCGCGGCCGCCGUCGCUCGCGCUGCUCAGCGUCUGGGACGCCACGCGCUCCCUCCGCCUCCGCGUCGGCGGCGCGCCGGCGCUCCUCCGCGCGUCGCUCGCCGCGGCGCGCGCGCUCGACCGCCACGCGCCGUGGCUGCAGGUGCCCUCCGUGCCCGACAUCUUCCGGCCCUUCGGCGCCUACCUCAUGUACGGCCUCCGCAUGUCCGGGCCGGAGGGUCCGGCGCUCCUCCGCUCGCUCUGCCGCCACGCGCACAACGUCGCCCGCAAGAACCCGGCGUGCGCCGUCCUGGCGGCCGACCUCGGGCCCGACGACCCGGCCGCGGCCGUCGUGCCGCACUGGACCAAGUUCUCCUGCGACGAGGACGUCUGGUGCAUCAAGAAGCUCCGCGCCACCGCCGGCGACGACACCGAGGACGACUGGACGACGUCACUGGCCCCAGGAGUCCUGUUCGUGGAUCCACGGGAGUUCUGAAUGUUGGCGCAAUGUAAACAAGUUUUGAAUUUUUUUUAAAAUUUUCGUUUUACGAUCAUGUAGAUACAUCAUACAUACGUGGACAUGAUGCUGCAACUCAAUGCAAAAAUUGCAUUGCAUUUAGCAGACUGUACCCCCCCAAGUACAAAUUAGAGUAGCAACAGACCUUAAUCAGCUGUACCUCUCAAAGUCUGUACUUCUGAAGAGCGAUUGGUGGUCAUUUUCAGGUGAAAUGGCCAUCCAUCUCUCAAAGAUGCAUAGAAGAGUCAGAGCAGAAUAUGCUUCAAUUGGGUCCCUUGUAUAGCCGUAAACCAUAGGUGAUUAUUUUAGCACAGUAUUCAAUGGAAAUUCAGUGCGACAAAAUUUAUUGGUUUAAGAUUUACAAUGAACUAACAGCAGCAGGGACUGAAGAUGACUGCAACUUGCCUGCAUUCAUUGAUAAGGAUUACAGGAGCAGAUCAUCAGCAACCUACUCUAACCACCUGGGGUCCUUGGUUUGAAGAAAACAAUUACAAUCAGAUGUUGUCAUGAAGAAUUCAUACAGUCCACAUCAGUGACCAAUUGAUCUAGCUUAAACCACAGUAUGUCUUCUACUUGCUGAAUAUUCUGGUAAAGCUCUUGUUUCUGCAACCUACCCUUGAUCAAAUCUUUGAAUCUUGAAAACAAAAAAGCUUCCACGCAGCAACUUGAUGGGUUCAGUUCAGUGCAGCUCACAAAAGGAAAGUGCCAAUUUCGAGAUAAUGUUGUAACCAACCCCAGAUAGCAUAUAAAGGGACUCCAAUACUCAAUUCCUUUAUACCCAACUGCAGGCAGUGCAUAUCUUCCAGAGGCCACUGGCCAGGCCCUACUUGAAAUAUAAACUAAGGCGCUGUAUGCUUUGGUUUUCCAAAAUCUGAAAAGGAAACAUGGACAGUUGGCCAUUGCUAUCUAACAAUCACUUCUCUAACCCCAUUUGCACAGACCAUACAAAAGAACUGCAAAGCAAGAGACAAGAAAGAUAUUAGUUUUGGUAGAAAGGGAUUAAUCUGUACCAUGAGAGCAAAGUUAAAUAUGACUGCAAUAAGUUUGCAACUUGCAAGUGACACUGGACAACAAUAUAGCAGUUAGGAAUGUGAUUCUGGAAUGCAAUGCCCUAGAGUAAAUGCAGCCACAUGUCAAUGCCUCACUGGGAUGAUUAGAAUGACAUGCAGCAUAUCAAUGCCAACUUACAGGCAACCAUAGGCAGUUCAUUGUUCAAGCAUAAACACAAAAUAUUCUACAUGCACCAAGAAAAAACGUGAUUGUUUAUGUCAAAUCUGCUGUAUGUUUUUUCAACUAUUCACAGAACAUUCUUUGCAGUUGCCUUGGUCUAAAGAGCUUCAGUAGAUAGGAGGCCACAAAUUAAAGACAAGCAUAUUUUUGUUGGCUGUCGUAUGCAGAUUGGGAAUAAACAUAUGAAUUCGUCCUCAUACGACACUCCUAGAUCUAAUAAACACUGUAAUGUUGACAAGAAUAUGCAUAAUUGGUCCAAUCUGCUUACAUGACACUAUGCAACUAUAUCUAACAAGGACUGCAAUUGGACAGGGAUAAGCAAAAUAUCAGUCCAAUCAGUUAGUGAACCACUUAAAGCAAAACAGAAUAGAACUUCUUAUAAAAGGAACAAAUAAAUAAGAACAGUCUGCUUUAGGUCACCUUACAGGAACGAGGGAAUGCACCAAAAUAAAAGAGAAAGCAAAUGGCUAGUAAUAAAUUACCAAGGCUAGAAAGAACAAAAGAAUAAAGAAAAGCUAAAGCCAAACAAAUAUCAGUUGGUGAAAAGUAUUCUGCAAUUGGAAACUUUAUUUCACACACUCCAAUUGGCAUAGAUAUUAAUGCAAUUUACUGGAGAAAACUAAACACAAAACUUUAUUUUUUUUCACUCCAUUUCUGUUAGAUGCUAAUAUCUGAAAUCACAAACUACAAAUGCAUUUCGAAUCACUGAGACCAGACAUCAGGUUCGGCAUAUGCAUUUUUUUGGAGGAGUGAGAUUCAAGAGAAUAAAGACACUCAAAAGUCACAAGAUGUUUAUUUUGGUCCACUUUAUAACCGAUUACUUAGGAGCACUAGCAAGACUAUACCAGUUCUGACUCCCCUGUCCAAAUAUCAUGUCCAGUAAGCAUUAAAUAAUAGAAAGGUCCAAUUCAUAAACAAAUAACACUUUCAAAACAAAGGUCCAAUUCAUAAACAAAUAACACUUUCAAAACAAUGUGCUAUGAACCUAUGACCCUUAGAUAACAAGAAAGACACACACAAUGCUGAGCAGUGAGGAGAGCUGGAUGGCAACAGCUGAAGGAGGUGAACUUGUUGGACUUGGAGGAAGAAACUUGGUGGAAACUGGAUUGAUCUCAUUCCUUCUUAUUGAUUUCCCAAUAAUAUGACAAAUCAGCUAAAGAGGAAAUCUGUUGAUGUAUGUGUAUAAGAGAGUGUGUGUAAUUGUGUAAUCUUGGAAGGACUAAAUUGUAAAAGGUACACAAAUAUAUGGGAAGGAACAGAGAGGGAUCGUGAUGUGUGGCUCCAGAAAUUUCCCCAAA